AUGGGGUGUCCAAAUAAACAGUGGUCGCUUCAAUACGACGAAAUCUUGGGACAGUACUACUACAUAAAUACUCGUGAUAACUCAAUGCUGUUUGAUUUACCAUGUGAGGUUCAUUAUACUCCGGACCAAAGAAAGGCAAAAAAUAUCUUGGGAAAUUUCCGCAAGAAGUCCGCCAGUGAUCCUUGUGUAAGAACCACAUCGGUAGCAUCUUCGGCGUCGUCGGCGUCCAGAAAGAGGUCGAUAUUAUCCAGAAUAGGUUCGGCGCUUUCUCGGUCUUCUCAUUCAUCUCCAUCUGCAUCAUCACAAUCAUCACAAUCAUUGCAAUCGGUUAACUCACAACCCAAACUGAUGCAAGUAACUUCACAACAUCCUACAUAUACACAAACAUCUGCAUCCGAGUCGCUGGACUUCACCACCGAGAAUUUUGCAGCCAUGGGUGGCUUUGAAGAUGAGUACCUCCUUUUCAAUCCUUCCAAUUUGCGGAAUUUUGCCGGCACUUCGGGAGGAUACAAUUCGGAAGAAGAACAGUCUAUAAGCUCGGAGUCGGUCAACACGUAUUACUCCGAGUUGGAUAACAAUGACUUCUAUUACGACUACCCCGAAUCUAUUUUUAGCGAGGCAGGUCCAGCCGACUAUGAUAAAGAGAAGGAACGCGAGGAGCUUCGCCUCCAGUUUAUGAAUGAGCUUGAGAUUUAG